AUGUCGACAUCCGACAUCAAAGCGAACGCCCAGGAGGUCCUGGCACCCGUGCACGAGCUGCUGCAGAAGACGCCAACCAGUGCGCUAUGCAAACCCAAGCAGGACAUCGUCACACUACGACAGAACCUCUCCAUAGGCGAUGCAAUGCAGAUCCUGGCGAAACGGGGCAUCCUGAGUGCCCCCAUCGUUCUGGAGCCGGACUUGGAGGAAAUGGGUGGUCUUCCUGAGGAGAGAGAGCUCUCCCCGCAGCUGCUGGGGUGGCUUGAUGUCUCAGACAUUCUGAGAGCCUUCCUCGAUCAUCUUAAGCGUGGCGGAGACCUGGUGCCCUCCAAGAUGCUGGCUCUCAUGUCGGCGAUUGAGAAAGCAGCACCCAGCUUCAUCUCGCGCAUGCUGAUCACCAUUCCCAGCAUCGAGGACCGGAACCUGCUGUACGCCUCGGAGGCCGGGACCACGCCCCUCAGCAGCACCAUCCGAGACCUGUUCCUGCGCCCCUCUGAGGGGGGGAUGAGCGCCGUGGUCCAUCGCAUCGCCCUGUUUGGGCCCCACGGCGACAUCACUAACAUCGUCAGCCAGAUGGACGUGAUCAAGUUCCUCGCGGCCCGGCCCGAGGCCCUGGGUCCACUGGCCGACGCGACGCUGGGCCAGCUGGGGGUGCUGGACUCCGCCCGGGAGGUGGUUUCGGUGGACCCCCUCACCCCAACCCUGGCUGCCUUUGCCAUGCUGGCCUCACGACAGCUGGCGGGCGCGCCCGUCGUCGCCGACACCGGAGACCUGAUCGCCAACCUGUCGAUCAGCGACCUCAGGACGCUGACCGGCGAGCAUCUGGGGGUGCUCGCGCUGCCGGUCGCAGAGUUCCUGGCGCUGCGGCAUGAUACGACGUACAUUGGUUACAGCGUGCAUACCUCCUCCCUGGCCCAACACGCUUACUUCAAUGCCGCGCACCGCCAGAUAGGCCCCGGCAAGAACGACAUCGCCCUGUUCACGGUCGUGCCAGCGACAACCUUCAAGGGUCUAUUGGCCAAGUUUGUGGAGCGCCAUGUGCACCGCGUGUAUGUGGUGGAGUCGCUGGAGCGGCCCAGGGUGUGUACUGUGAUCACCCUCACCGACGUGCUGCGCCUGGUGACCAGCCUGGCGACAUGA